CAGCUGUUUGAGAAAUUUGUAAACAAUCCUCCAUUUGAUCAAGAAGAGGAUUAUAAAAAAAUAUUAAUAAUCAUAACAAAUAAGAUGUCUAAAUUAACCCAAAAAACUUUGAGUUUAAAACAGUUCAUGUUACGUCAAGAAGUUUUAAAGCUAUAUCGUGAUAUAUUCCGCACCAUAAAACUAGUUCCCGAUGCCAAUAGCCAGCAUGAAUUGAGAACGUGGGCCAGACACGAUUUUCGGGCCAAUAAGCAACAAAACGAUGAAGUUGCCAUAAAAAUGCUCAUCAACUACGGCAGACGCAGUCUCACCGAGCUGAAGACAAGCCUAAGUUUAAGUGGAGCCGCGCCAGAUGAGAAAAUUAAAUAAAUGGCCCCUUUUCCUGCAAUCAAGGCAAUCAAAACAAAACUACUACAACUGUUACAAAUUAUUAUGUUAACUUUAUUUGCAACAUUUUCCAUAUUUGGUUAUGUCAAAUAUUUAAACGUAUGUUUGUUCCUGCUUUUUUGUUCUGAAUUGCAUCUACUAAAGCGUAGGUGUAUUAUACAAGAUAUUGCUAUUUGAUAGACGAUUCAAAUUCGUAUAAUUUAAAAAUGAAAUAGUGGAACUAAUUUUAAAAUAAAUAUCGUAAUAAACUUA